AUGUAUUCUCCUUUACUGGUUAACGUAGCCAUCCUUUCGACUCUUGUCGGGCACGGCCUCGCCCACAAGUGGUUCGUCCCCUAUUCCGACUCGAGCUGCAAGAACAGGACAGACGAUGGCUCACACCGGUUGUCUGUCGAGGGGAACACCGUCAACAACUGGAAGAUCACACAGGGCUACCCAGGCCAAACUCCUUUCUGGGAUGUGUCUUUUCCUAGUGCCACAUCAGCUCCUGGCGGAUCCGGCAAGCAGGUCUGGUGGAAGCUGGACGAAAGGGCGGAUCCAGGAUGCCGGAUCCAGCUGAUGCAGGAGUACACGCAGGGGGGUUACGGAAACGUGGUGCCCGGUAUGCCAUGGGGAAACGUAUUUAUCAGCGCGGAUCAGCCGGGCUGCUAUUUCUCACAAUUACGGGACAAAGCUCAACUUGGUGGGACGUUCUGCUGCGGCCACGACGACUGCACGGCAAUGAACGCGGGGAAUCAUGCACUUGACCGCCGACAGCUGGAGGAAUAUGAACAUGAUUCUGGAACGGUCAUCGAAGCACGUGGUGGUUCCGUCGCUGCACGAGCUGCAGAGGUCGUAUCCCAGAUGAAGCCCACGCCAGAAGAACUCAGCGUCAUCACGGAAGAUUCAGUGUCAAAAAGAGAUGAGUUUGGCGAUUGCAAGGCGGAAGAUAUGAUUGGCCCUUUUAUCAAUGCAGGCAAGCAGACCAUGAUCGGAUCCGUCCAGACAUGCACCAGCUCCCCGUGUACCUUUUCGAGCAGCAGCGCCAUUGGAGUCUCUAGCACGUUGUCACAAUCAAAAACCACCACCGUCGAUGUCGGCGGCCAGAUGAGUGUUACCGUUACUGCUGGCCUGGCAUGGCCGUUUGCAGCCACGGGCUCUACUACUAUCGGGGCAAGUAUCUCUCGUGCAGUAGCCCAGGGAACGGAUACUAGUAUGACCAACAGCACGACAGUAACAGUGGCGAACACAUUCGGCCUACCGCUUGGCACGACAGGCUUUGCCACGUUUACCGCGACCUAUAAGUGCUGGAGUGCCAAGGUUAGCUGUGGAGGCAAUAAGACGCCUGGUUGGACCCUGUGCCAUCCGCAGCUGAAUGCGGAUAAGUCUAUCCAGGGUGACUUUAAUGUUGUGAUUGUCGGAUGA